UAUCCAAACAGGUUGCCCAUUUGCCAUUCCGAGUUUCGCUUUCAGUUGGAACGGAUCAUGACGACGACGCCGGAACAGGAAAAGGAGCUGGAGAAGCAGGCCCAGGAGCGGGCUGCCAAAGCAUUGGAGGCGAAAAAGGACCGCAAGAUCUACAGCAACUUUGCCACGCCCCUGCCCGGCACUUUCCUCAACCUGCCCCAUGAAGCGGUGGAGAUCAAGUGCCCCGCCUGCGGGAUCAAGGAUAAGAGUGUUGUCCAGAACGAUUUAAAGUGGUGGGCCUCAGAAAUAAACCGGAUUGUUGGCUGCCUUUUUGUGUCCUGUUGCUGUUGCUUCUGCUUCGACUAUUAUAUGCCCUGCAAGCAAACUGACCGCAGCCAUUAUUGCGGCAAUUGUGGAUGUUACUUUGGACGUUCCAUGAAGAGAAGGCAGCCACUCGAAAUAAAGUAGAGAAAUACUCAUUUCAUACACAAUAUAUCUAUAUAUUUCAAAAAGCCAAAUACACCCACCAACUGAAAAAAAAUCAUAAUAAAAAUAAAACCUCAAAU